AUGAAGAAGACAGGCAUGGCUGCUUUUAAGGAAAUCAACUAUGUGAAAGAGAGGAAGAAUCCACCGGCUGAGACUGUUGGGGCCGAGGGGUCGGCUCGUACUCGUCCUGCUCCUAGCAUGCCGAAAAACAAGAAGCUCUCUGCUGCAGAGAAGGCAUUGGGCAAACGCUAUGGGUCGGCUACGACGGCCGGGGUUACCAAAGAACGCAACUCGGCGGCCUUGGUUUCCCCAGCGAUGGAUCCUUCUCGAAAAGGGGGAAGAUCGUGA